UACAAAAUGAAAAACGGAAACCUCGUUUUACCUUGGAGUUACUGUUAGAAUAGAAAUAAAAGAAACUGAGAUUUGCAACUAUAAAUAGCAGCUUGUGCUUCUUACCAAAGGCGCACUUGGCAGAGAUUCAAAGCCUUGGCUACUGUUGUUUCUGUCUUCUCUCCAGUUCCUUCCUACCCCAUUGAGUUGAUUUGAAGGGUAAGGAAAAGAAAAGAGAUUUUGAAUGGCGCGCAAGAAGAUCAGAGAGUACGACUCUAAGAGAUUGUUGAAGGAGCAUUUCAAGAGGCUUUCUGGACGCGAUUUGCCCAUCAAAUCUGCUCAAGUGACGGAAUCGACUGAUUUCAAUGAGUUAGCAGAGAAAGAACCGUGGCUGUCAUCAGCAAAACUGGUUGUAAAACCUGACAUGCUGUUUGGGAAACGUGGGAAGAGUGGCCUUGUUGCUUUAAAUCUGGAUCUGGAUCAAGUUGCUGAUUUUGUCCAACAACGUCUUGGCAAAGAGGUCGAAAUGGGCGGAUGCAAAGGACCUAUAACGACAUUCAUCAUUGAACCCUUUAUCCCCCACGACCAAGAGUUCUAUCUAAACAUCGUCUCGGAGAGACUUGGGUGCAGCAUCAGCUUUUCCGAAUGCGGAGGGAUUGAAAUUGAAGAGAAUUGGGAUAAAGUUAAAACUAUAUUUGUUCCAACAGGGGCAACGUUUACGUCUGAAGUUUGUGCUCCACUUGUUGCGACCAUUCCUUUGGAGAUAAAAGGAGAGAUUGAGGAGUUCAUUCAAUCGGCUUUUGCUCUUUUUCAAGAUCUUGACUUCACUUUCCUAGAGAUGAAUCCUUUCACCUUGGUUGAUGGAAAGCCCUAUCCUUUGGAUAUGAGAGGCGAGCUGGACGACACUGCGGCAUUUAAAAACUUCAAAAAGUGGGGGAACAUUGAAUUUCCAAUGCCAUUUGGAAGAGUUAUGAGCUCUACAGAAAGCUUUGUUCAUGGCCUAGAUGAAAAGACAAGUGCAUCUUUGAAAUUCACGGUAUUGAAUCCAGAGGGGCGAAUUUGGACUAUGGUGGCUGGAGGAGGUGCAAGUGUCAUCUAUGCUGAUACGGUCGGAGAUCUUGGCUAUGCUUCUGAACUUGGGAACUAUGCAGAAUAUAGUGGAGCCCCCAAUGAAGAUGAGGUGUUGCAGUAUGCCAGAGUUGUAAUUGAUUGUGCAACUUCUAAUCCUGAUGGCCACAAGAGAGCCCUUGUAAUUGGAGGAGGAAUUGCUAACUUUACUGAUGUUGCUGCUACAUUUAAUGGCAUAAUUCGAGCCCUGAAGGAGAAGGAAUCGAAGCUGAAAGCAGCAAGGAUGAAUAUAUAUGUGAGGAGAGGAGGUCCUAAUUACCAGAGGGGCCUUGCGAAAAUGAGGGCACUUGGAGAGGAAAUUGGAAUCCCAAUUGAGGUCUAUGGCCCGGAAGCAACAAUGACUGGCAUAUGCAAACAGGCAAUCGAGUGCAUCACUGCAGCUGCAUAAGUUAAUCAACUCUGGGAAUCAAUUUGUUUUCUGCCGGCAGUUUCUUGCUCCAAGUUUCUAGUUUUCAUUAGAUCUUAACACUAUUUUCUUUCUACUAAAUCCCUCUAUAUAAAGGUAGCUAUAGCAGACCAGAUAAGGCUUUGCCAAAAUGAAAAUGUAAUCUCUGACCUGAUGGUGAAUGCUGUUUCCAUAAUAAAGAGCUGCUUAUUUCUCUGUUUA